UCAAAAUCUCGCGAGAAUAUUCGCGCUCUCUGUUUGGACCUCGAAUCCUCGAGCUGCAGGUUGGAAAACUUGCCUCGGACGGACAGAGUGACGGUGUGCAGAUAUUUACCCCAGGAGCUACCGAAUAUUCAGGACCACAAUGGCGGAUGACCUGGACAUCGAGGCCCUGCUGGAUGCUCCGUUUAGGAAGGAGGACAAGAGCCAGAGUCCCAAUGGACAGGAGGAUCGUAGCAAGAGGCCAGAGAAGAAAAGGCGCAGCCGCAGUCGCAGCCGGGACAAGAAGCGGAGCCGCAGCCGAGAAAGGAAAAGGAGUCGCAGCCGGGAGCGCAAACGCAGCCGGAGCAAAGACAGGAGAAGAAGCCGCAGCCGAGAGCGCCGGCGCAGCAGAGAGCGGGGGGGCCGCUACAAGGACCAUCACAAGCACCGUAGGUGGUCAAAGAGUAAGAGUCCAGUCAAGAAGGAAAAAAGUCCAAUCAGGAUGCCAAACGACAACUUAACCCCAGAGGAGCGCGAUGGCCGAACCGUCUUCUGCAUGCAGCUGGCGGCACGGAUCCGACCACGGGACCUGGAGGAGUUUUUUUCGGCAGUGGGAAAAGUGCGGGAUGUGCGAAUGAUCUCUGACAGAAACUCCCGCAGGUCGAAGGGAAUCGCUUACAUUGAGUUUGUAGAGGCCAGCUCCGUUCCUUUGGCCAUUGGACUGACCGGGCAAAGGCUGCUGGGAGUCCCCAUUAUCGUUCAGGCUUCCCAGGCAGAAAAGAACAGAGCUGCUGCUGCUGCUGCAGCUAAUAACCUGCAGCGGGGCUUGACUGGACCUAUGAGGCUGUACGUGGGCUCGCUGCACUUCAACAUCACAGAGGAUAUGCUGCGAGGAAUCUUUGAACCAUUUGGACGGAUUGAGAACAUCCAGCUGAUGAUGGACAGUGAGACCGGGCGCUCUAAAGGCUACGGCUUCAUCACAUUUUCAGACGCAGAAUGCGCCAAAAAAGCUCUGGAGCAACUGAACGGCUUUGAGCUGGCAGGUCGGCCUAUGAAGGUUGGUCACGUGACCGAACGGACAGACCCCUCCUCGGCUCCGUCCAUCCUGGACAACGACGAACUGGAGCGCAGCGGCAUCGACCUGGGAACCACGGGGAGGCUGCAGCUCAUGGCCCGGCUGGCAGAGGGCACCGGCCUGCAGAUCCCUCCUGCAGCUCAGCAAGCUCUCCAGAUGAGUGGUGCCAUCGCUAUUGGGGCCAUGGCUGCCGUCUCCGCUGCCAUGAAUCCCUCACUCAACGUCAACAUGAACUCUGGCGCUCUGAAUCUUCCUUCUCAACCGCUCGCCACUCACUGCUUCCAGCUGUCAAACAUGUUCAACCCCAGCAGUGAGAACACAUUUGGCUGGGAGGUGGACAUCCAGCGUGAUGUGAUUGAGGAGUGCAACAAGCAUGGAGGAGUGGUUCACAUCUAUGUUGACAAGAACUCUGCAGAGGGAAACGUUUAUGUCAAGUGUCCGUCAAUCCCUGCUGCCAUGUCUGCAGUCAAUGCCCUGCACGGAAGAUUCUUUGGUGGUAAGAUGAUCACGGCAGCGUAUGUACCCCUUCCCACCUACCACAAACUCUUCCCGGAGUCGGUCACUGCCACACAGCUGCUGGUCCCUCCUUUGCGACGAUGACUCAACAAUAUUCUUCUGUGACUGAACAUUAGAGCCCGUCGACUCUUUCAGUUUUCUUUUCUCCUAUUGGUCAACCAGUGAGUCAGUUCAGCCAGUUCAGAUUUUUUCUGUUUUGUUUUCUUCUGCUGGACUCAAAGGCCACGCCCUCUUGCUGGUGUUAUUUCAUGAUCCUUUGGUCAUGUGAUCACCAUGCUUCCUGUCUUCGAGCUUUUGCGCGUGGUUUCAGAGAGGCCUACACCAUCUGACUUUUGUCCAAUGAUGAGCUCUGUGAGCUGUGGGAGGGAGGGGGGGGGACUGAUGGGAGGCUGUCAUCUGAUUGGUUAAUUUAGGGGUGUUUGGUAUUUAACUGUUUUUGUAAACAGAUUUGAUUUUGUAAAACUGAUGAUUAAAUUUUAUUUUCAUGCGA